AUGGCGGAGGCGGCGUCCCCCCCCGCGCGGCUCUUCACCUGGGACGAGAUCAAGCUCCGCUCGGGCAGGGACCCCGAGCGGUGGCUGGUGGUCGACAGGAAGGUCUACGACAUCAGCCGCUUCCACAAGAGGCACCCGGGGGGCUCCCGCGUGAUCAGCCACUACGCCGGGCAGGACGCCACGGAUCCAUUCACAGCUUUCCAUCUGGACAAGACCCUAGUAAGAAAGUUUAUGAAACCCUUGCUCAUUGGGGAACUUGCAGAGGAUCAGCCCAGCUUUGAGCCCAGCAAAAAUAAACUGCUCGUAGAUGAUUUCCGUCAGCUCCGUGUUACUGUUGAGAAGAUGGGACUGAUGAACCCCAACCGCCUCUUUUUCUUCCUGUACCUUAUUCACAUCUUGCUGCUGGAUGUGGCUGCUUGGCUCAACCUGUGGUACUUUGGAUCAUCCUGGGUGCCUUUUCUCUUCUCUGGAUUGCUGCUUGGCACUGUCCAGGCCCAAGCUGGCUGGCUGCAGCAUGAUUUGGGACACCUUUCAGUCUUUGGCAAGUCAAAAUGGAACCACUGGGUCCACAAAUUUGUGAUCGGACAUCUGAAAGGAGCACCAGCCAGCUGGUGGAAUCAUUUGCAUUUCCAGCACCAUGCUAAGCCUAACUGCUUCCGCAAGGACCCGGACCUCAAUAUGCACCCUUUGUUUUUUGCGCUGGGAAAGAAACUCUCUGUGGAGCUGGGUAUAAAGAAAAAGAAGUUCAUGCCUUAUAACCACCAGCACAAAUACUUCUUCAUCCUUGGACCGCUGGCUCUGGUGCCCUUCUACCUACAAUGGUACAUCUUCUACUUUGUGGUCCAGCGCAAACAAUGGGUGGAUCUGGCCUGGAUGGUGACUUUUUAUACCCGGUUCUUUCUGACUUACUCCUUCUUACUGGAACUCAAGAGCCUCUUUGCUCUCUUCUUCGUACUCAGAAUUAUAGAGAGCCACUGGUUUGUCUGGGUGACACAAAUGAACCACAUCCCAAUGGACAUUGAUUAUGACAAGAAUGUGGAAUGGUUCUCAGCCCAGCUCCAGGCAACGUGCAACGUUCACCAAUCCUUUUUCAAUGACUGGUUCAGCGGACACCUCAAUUUCCAAAUCGAGCACCACCUCUUCCCUACCAUGCCUCGACACAACUUCUGGAAGGUGACUCCCUUGGUGAAGUCCAUGUGUGCAAAAUACGGCAUUGAGUACCAGUCCAAGCCUCUGCUCACAGCCUUUGCAGACAUUGUAUACUCUCUGAAGGACUCAGGGGAACUCUGGCUGGAUGCAUACAUGCAUAAUUAAGAAGGAAGCGACAUUGCAUUGGAGAG